AUGGCGUCUUCCCUGGUAAAUGGCGCCGUAAUCGCACAGCAGGCAUAUGCACAUAUACAAGACAGCAAGGCCCUCGUAUAUAUUGCGGUGCUGACAUGUGUCGCGACGUACAUCGACGAUGUUAGCCAGGCGCAAGCUGACAGCGUCCGCACUUUCCCGGAAAAGUUUAUCAAGGGCGAGGCACAGGCAGAUGCCGAACUCGAGUUUACAGCGACGAUACUCAGAGAUGUAGGGAGCGUGUAUCCGCCCGCGCAAGCUGCGAUGUUCACGGCCUCUAUGUUCGACUUCGUAAUUGGCAGUGUGCUUGAAGACGAGUACAAAGCCAUCGAGGUAGUCAAAGACGCACAGUCGUACCCGUACUUUCUGCGAAGCAUGACCGGUGCACCAUUGGCAUACGCCAUCCUGAUAUUCCCGCCUAAUGUACCUGUCACGAGGUACAUCCAAGCAAUUCCAGACAUGAUGGUUAUGAUUAAUGCCGCUAAAUAUGUUAAUCAAGCCACUCAUUAUGACGUCCUGUCUUUCUACAAAGAGGAGCUUUCGAAUGAUACGUCAAAUUACAUAUCCCGAAGAGCAGCUGCUCAUGGAGUCAGCAAGAUUUCGGCCUUUCGAGACAUUUGUGAUGAGACUAUACAUGCUAAUAGUCAGGCUUUAAAUGUUCUUGCCAGCGAAAAGCAAGCAUACGAAGCUUAUAAGAGCUUCAAGGAGGGUUACAUGUAUUUCCAUGUAGCAUCUGGACGAUACAGGCUGCACGAACUCAUGCCUUAA